AUGGUCGCUGCCGUAGAACACUCUAGAGAGCAGCCUUUGGGGCCUUUUUCUUUGCCACCACCAAGAAAGAUUUUGCGGCGCGGCACAGCAGAACUGGAAACCGCCUUACAACAAGGAGAGGUGGAGCUAUCAUUGCCCCAACAUGAACUUGUUGCAUGGAUGGGAUGGGACGAUGGCCAAGUUUCCAACGGAAAAAAAGUGGAUACAUCGAAAGAGGAAAGUGUCCAGUGCAUUCUGGAAGUUGGCACUCAAAAUUCCCCCCAAUGCGACGGAAAUUCCGAGAACAUCGAGGGAAAGGUGGAAGAACACAGUCAUACAAGCAAAGCACAGUCAAAUUGCCCAAAGAAACGCAAAAGGCACGAGAAACAUCCAAACUUCUGUGACAUUAUUGGACAUCGCCAUGUCAAGCUCCGCCUAGAAGAAGUCCUCUUGCCAUUGGCUUUGCCGUCUCAUCUUGCCGAUAGCAUACUGACAGGAAUUCGAGCCAACCCGACUUCGAUUUUCAUGUACGGUCCACCUGGAUGCGGGAAAACAGAGUUAGCCAAAGCACUGGCAGAGGAGGCAGAGGCGGCCUUUUUGCCAGUUGGUCCAUCUGAUAUCCUUAGUAAAUUUGUGGGAGAAUCAGAAGCGUCUAUUCGCUCCUUGUUCCAGAAGGCGGCUCAAGAGGCCGACAAGAUGAAUAGUAAAUGUGCCGUUUUAUUUUUCGAUGAACUUGAUGCCCUUGGCCAAGCCCGAGGUGGUCAUGGUACAUCUAACAUGGAGCAAACGGCAAGUGACGGGUGUUCUCGAAGAGUCUUGGCCGAAUUGCUGAUCCAACUGAAUCGUAUCAAUACAGUGCAAUACAGUUCAACGGAUAGAUGUCACAAUACCGAAUUCACAACUUGCGAAAACGAAUCCUCAAGUGUAGAUGCUGUAUCCUGUACUCUACAACACAGAUUGCGAAUAAUUAUAGUGGCGGCAACAAAUCGCCCUGAGGACUGCGACCCCGCACUCGUGCGUCGAUUCUCUAUUCGCGUAGUUGUUGGUCUUCCUUCUCUACGUGAUCGAAGACGAAUAGUCAAUCGUCUCCUAAAAGGAAUCGAAACUAGUAUUUCCAGAGAGCAAUUGGGCGACAUUGCAGCAGCUACAGAUGGAUGGUCAGGUGCCGACCUCGAGCAUCUAACUCGAGAAGCCGCGAUGGCACCAGUUCGAGAGUGCAUUCAAAGUGCCGCACUGCAGAAGCACCGCCCUCGCAGCUGUCCCAAGCAAACAAGAAAUGACAUAGACAUCUUUCCCGAAUCUUCCCAAACUAAGAAGAACGAUUGCCAAUCUCGGAUGCAACAAGAGAAGCUGCUGGAGCACUUUCGCAACCUUCGCAGAGUAACUUAUCAAGACUUCGUCAACGCAAUCACAUUCUGGAUGCACAAUCAAAAUCCAAACACCUAUCAGCCCGAUUGCGGACGGGAAAGUCCAACUUCUAUCGCAUUAACCGCCUGUAGCUCAGAUGAGGACGAUUGA